AUUAUAUUUUUAACGCCCUUCUCCUCUUUUUCCACUGCGUUUUUCUGGGCACAGAUUGGGUUUUCGGUGGUUUUUUCGUUUUCCGCCAUUUGAUUGUUUCUGUGGGAUAAUUUUCUUCUCUUGGGUGGCCAAUGGAAGAGGAGGAAGAAGCACUUCCGGACCAUUUGCGGUGCAAGAGGACUGAUGGAAAGCAAUGGCGUUGCAAACGAAGAGUCAUGGACAAUCUGAAGCUUUGUGAAAUUCACUAUCUCCAAGGCCGCCAUCGCCAGUGCAAGGAGAAAGUUCCGGAUUCUCUCAAACUUCAAAGGACGAGCAGAAGAUCGAUUGACACGGAUUCGAAUAUUGAAAACGUCGUAAUUAGGGCCCCGAGAGCGGCAACUUUGGCAAAACUAAUGAAGAGGAAGAAAUUGGCCGGGGCUUCGGCGGCAUUGGAUGGGAUGCUAAAUAGAAUGAAGAUGAAGAAAGGAAGUAUGCAGUUGGAGUUGAUAAGGAUGGUGCUGCGGAGGGAAGUGGAGAAGAGAAGAAAGAAGAAGGUUCUCGAGAAGGCGAGCAAGAGGAUGAAGAACAAGGGUAAUGAAACUGAGUUAGAGGAGAACAGUGAUGAGGAAAUGACAAGGCAAUUGCCCAAUGGACUAAUGGCAAUUUCCCCUUCUCCAUCUCCAUUACAAUCUGGCAAUGAAGGUUCUUCUUGCGGAAUCAAAAUUGGGGCUGAAUCAAGGCCGAUUCAGCAAAGGCGAUUUCGGUCCAAGAAUGUCAAUAUUCUUCCACUUGGCGACUUGCAGGUUGUACCUUAUGGGCGUAAUGUGGGUAAUUUGCGUAAAUGUAAGAGGAAGAAGUGCCAUUGGUGUCAGAAAAGUAGUUCUUGGAGUUUAACUCAGUGUUCGAGUUGUCAAAAAACAUUCUUCUGCAUAGACUGCAUCAGAGAACGGUUCUUUGAUACACAAGAAGAAGUUAAGAAGGCAUGCCCUGUUUGUCGAGGGAUUUGCAACUGUAAGGACUGUUCAACGUAUCAAUCUUUGCACACAGAAUGUAAGGAUUUUUUGGGAGACGGCGUUGGAAAAAUUUUACGUUUCCAUUAUUUGAUUUGUGUGCUUCUCCCUUUACUCAAACAAAUAAACAUAGAGAAGCAUGCUGAGCUAGAAACAGAGGCCAUGGUAAAAGGGAAAGAACUAUCUGAAGUUGAUAUCAAACGGGAUGAACUUGGCUGUAGUGAACAUUGUUGUAAUAGCUGCAAAACUGUUAUUGCGGAUCUCUACAGAAGUUGCCCAAGUUGUUCCUAUAAUCUCUGCUUAAGUUGCUGCCGUAAUAUUUUUCUCGAGGAUUCCAAUGGAGUUUAUGACAUGUCUAUUUCGAAGGUUCCUAAUGGAAAGAAAGCCUGCCUGUCUGAUAAAAAGAAACUUCUUAAAAACAAGAAGUUAAAUGCUUUCAAGCAAACGUCUGGUAGUCUCCGGCUUCCUUCUUCCAAAGCAUUGCAUAAAGGAAGAGUAAAUAACAGUGUUAGACAUUUUUCUUGCCCAUCAAAAGAAAGUGGCAGUUGCAGUGACAGCCUUCUCGAAUUGAGAUGUACCUUCCCAUUAAGUUGGACUAGGGAGCUUGAAGUGAGUGCAGAAGAAAUAGUUUGUAGCUAUGACUUCCCAGAGUCCGUUGAUGUGUCGUCACAUUGUACUUUGUGCUUUGAUGAGGAUCAUGAGGUUGAUGGAACUGAAGAGUUCCAAAAAGUUGCUGUCAGAGAGGAUUCAAAUGAUAACUACUUGUAUUACCCCAGCCUUCUUGACAUCCGUCUUGAUGACCUCGAGCACUUCCAGAGGCACUGGGUUAAAGGUCAUCCAGUAAUUGUGCGUAAUAUGCUCCAGGCUUCAGAUCUGAUCUGGGAUCCAGUGGUUAUGUUUUGCACUUACCUUGAGAGAAUCAUUUCAAGACACGAAAAUAGUAAGAAUCUCCCAGAAGCUUCCAAUAACUUGGACUGGUGUGAGGUAGAAAUUGGCAUUAGGCAGUAUUUUAUGGGCUCUCUUAAGGGACGGACACACACAAACACCUGUAACAACAUGUUAAAAUUAAAAGGUUGGCUUUCUUCUCAUUUGUUUCAAGAGCAGUUUCCAGCUCACUAUGCUGAAAUAAUGCGAAUUCUACCACUUCAAGAAUACAUGAACCCCAUGUCUGGUCUUUUGAAUCUAGCUGCAAAGUUGCCACAGGAAAUUGCCAAGCCUGACAUGGGUCCAUGUGUCUAUAUUGCCUAUGGAUGUACCGAGGAGCAUGUGAUGACUGACUCUGUCUCCAGAUUAUGUUAUGACUCCUACGAUGUGAUUAACAUUUUAGCCCACAGUACAGAUGUCCCCGUUUCAACAGAACAACUUACAAAAGUAGUAAACUUGCUUCAUAGGCAGAAGGCUCAAAGUGAGUCCUCCAAUACCUCUACUAAUCAAUCAAGUGUGGAGGAAGUUGGAUCUUGUAUGGCUGGAGAAGAAACACACUUCAGUAAAAGGUUUGCAAAAGUACCAGGUUUCUCUGAAUAUGCUGACCAAGUGUUUGCUCAGGGUGGUAUUAAACGCCCUAGUAUGACCUCUGAUGGUGCAUAUGACUCGGAUCCGGGACCGUUAGUGCUUCAAUCUGAAUCCCAUUUAAAUGAGACAUCGGAGGCUCCAAAGAAGAAUAGGGAACGGACAAUAUCCUCUCUCAUUGAUGGAGAGAAAAUAUCUUCGAAGUCUUGCGGUGCCCAAUGGGAUGUCUUUCGGAGGCAAGAUGUUCCAAGACUAUCAGAGUACCUCCGAAGGCAUUCUGAUGAGUUCAUUCAUAAGCACGUUGUGCAUCCAAUUCUUGACCAGAGUUUUUUUCUUGAUGCAACCCACAAGUUGAGGCUGAAGGAGGAGUUUCAAAUUGAACCAUGGACUUUUGAGCAAAAUGUUGGAGAAGCUGUCAUCAUUCCUGCCGGAUGUCCUUACCAGAUCCGGAAUAGAAAGUCUUGCAUUCACGUGGUAUUGGAUUUUAUCUCACCCGAAAGUGUCAGCGAAAGUAUCCAGUUGAUCGACGAGGUUCGACUACUUCCAGAAGACCACAUAGCAAAAGAGAAGACAUUAGAGGUAAAGAAGAUGGCCCUCUAUACUAUAGAUGCAGCAAUCAAAGAAGUCCGGGAGCUUACAAAUGCAUUGCAAGUACCCCAUUGAGAACGUGUAAGGUUUUUUUUCCCCCUUAUUUUUAUGAUCCAGCAUUCUUUGUCUACCUUGGUCAGAGCUAAAUAUGUAUCGAAUUGAUUGAUUUGAUCCUCAAUUUGACACACUUUAAAGAAUAUCUCUUUGUUCAUCCUAUUGUUCGAAAUCAUCGGGUGGUUCAAGACAAGAACUUAGCACA